CUGGCACCCCACUUCAGUUUCAGUUUCAACAUCCCCGCCCCGCACCGCAUCGCUCGAUCCCGCAUCGGCGACGAGAGGGCGAGAUGCCGGCCAGCAGCCACCCGUCGUCGCCGGCGUCCCCGCUGGAGGACGGCAACCUGCUACGCGAGAUCCUUCUCCGCCUUCCCCCGGAUCCCUCCUCGCUCCCGCGCGCAUCCCUCGCUUGCACGCGCUGGCGCGACCACGUCGCCGACCCGGGAUUCCGCCGCCGCUUCCGCCUCCACCACCGCCGCAACCCUCCCCUCCUCGGCUUCUUCGACGGGUGCGGAAGCCUGGACUUCCUGCCGACGCUGGAGGCACCCGACCGCGUCGCUCCCGAGCGCUUCUCCUUGAAGCACGACGAGGGCGACGGCGUUCGCAGGCCGCUCGGAUGCCGCCAUGGACUGAUGCUCAUCUUGGUCCCGAAGCCUCUCCAGGUAAUCGUGUGGGACCCCGUCACCGGCGACCUGCACCGCCUCGACGUUCCGCCAGGGCUGACGACGAAUGAGUGCUAUGAGAGCGUGAUCAAUGGGGCGGUGCUUCGCACUGCCUCCGAAGACGCCAAGCACUUCCAGGUGGUCAUGGUGGCGGCAGACGGCGACGAGGUGCAAAACCGACGAGCAGUCGCCUGCGUCUACUCGUCGGAGACCGGCGCAUGGGGAAGGUUCAUCACAACACCCAUUCCAUACGAUGCUGAUGCUCAUGCGAGCUGUUUAUUUCGGAGGUUUUCCACCAGCAUUUACAUAGAUCAUGCUGUGCUGGCUGGAGAUUCCCUUUACUGGCAGCUCAUUGGGAAUUACGAAGGAAUUCUCCAGUUUGAUUUGGAGAGGCAGAGGCUGGAUGUAAUGCCGGUGCCGGUGCCUAUCUAUAGCAAGGGCAACUACUUCAAGCUUAUGCCGGCCGAGGGUGGUGGUGGGAUAGGUUUCCUGUUCAUGUUCAAUUCAAACUACAUUGCCCAAUUAUGGAGGAGGAAGACCGAUUCCGAUGGUGUUGCCUCAUGGGUGAUUGCAAGAUCUAUCGAACUCGACAAGGUACUUUCGCUCAAUUCAGAGAAGGAGGAGAACAUGAGGAUAGUAGGGUUUGCAGAGGACAACAACGUGGUACUCGUGGAUAUGCUGAGUGGAUUCUUUAUGAUCCAACUCGACUCACUGCUGUUCAAGAAGCUUCCCCGACCCAAGACGGUGUCCUCCCUUCAUGAUUUCCCCCUUCAUGCAUUAGAAAGCGUCUACACUGCUGAAACACGCAUUGGUGGUGGACAUGAUGGAGCUGAUCUUUUGCCCAAUACAUAAGAUGAUUAGAUGUGCUAUGUGGUGUACCGGUCGAGCAGGUAUCUACAAUUACAUUCUGGUGUCUCAGAUGCAAAAAUGGGUUGUCAAGUGUAGUUUCUUCCAUUUGUAUGCUCGACGUGGAGAUCGAACCCAGCUCUUAACUCUGAACUGAACUUUCUUGGAUAUGAUUAUCUUCCAUGUUGUAUCAGCAGGGAGGGAUUUGGACAUCGGAUUUCAUGUAUGUGUGUGUUUGUUGAAUUUCUACCUGG